GUUUGAUUCGAGCGCAAGCAAGAGCGGCGCACGAGCGCCUCCACCCGCCGACGCGACGCUGCGGCCGCCGCGCGCCGCCUCUGCACUGCGGCAGUCUUGACUCCUGAUUCCUGCCCUGCGCGCUCUUCUGAUCCAUGCAGACAAGAUGAAAUUUGGUGCGACAUUUGAGGAGUAUCUCCGGGCGGAGCAGGACAAGUACCUAGGGAAAUGUUCCCAUGUAGAAUACAAACGCCUCAAGAAGGUCUUGAAGAGAUGUCGAGUUGGUCGCUCACUGCAAGCAGAUGGCACAAAUGGUGAUGAGCAGCAGGAGGGUAACGAUGAAUCUUCAGAUGUCUGCGAAUGCAACUCAUGCGGAUUGUGCGAUCAGAUGUUCUUUACAGAACUCAUCAAGGAGGCAUCUGAAAUAGCAGGCUGUUUCAGCUCUAGAGUAAAACGCCUCCUCCAUCUUCAUCUCCAUUCAGGAUUACAACGCUACGUAUGGCGUGUUAGGCAGUGUUUUACAGAUGAUCAACAAAUCAUGGUUCAAGAAGGCAGAAUGCUUCUCAAUUAUGUGACAAUGAAUGCUAUUGCUAUUCGCAAAAUUCUCAAGAAAUAUGACAAGAUACAUGGCUCUGUGAGUGGUAGAGAUUUCAAGAGCAAGAUGCAAACUGAGCAUAUCGAACUGUUGCAGUCACCUUGGCUGAUAGAGCUGGGUGCUUUCCAACUCAACUGUGAUGAUUCAGAUGCUGAUGAACCUGGAGGGUUCUUCAAGAGUGGAUUCUUCAAUAAUUUUUCCUGUGACCCGACAGGAGCACAGCCACUACUGACAAUGGCUAUAUCUGAAACUCUGAAGUAUGAGUACACCCUAACUUGUCCGGUUUGCUUGGACACUUUGUUCAACCCGUAUGCUCUUGGCUGUGGGCAUCUCUUCUGCAAAGCUUGUGCAUGUCGUGCUGCUUCGGUCUACAUCUUCCAAGGUGUUAAGUCUGCACCCCCGGAGGCCAAGUGCCCUGUUUGCCGAGCGGUUGGUGUGUUUGGCCAUGCCGUGCAUAUGACUGAACUUGAAUUGCUCCUCAAAACAAGGGACAAAGAUAGCUGGAGGCAGAGACUGCGCGAAGAACGAACCGAGAUGGUGAAGCAAUCCAAAGAAUACUGGGACUCACAGGCGAUGCUAUCAAUGGGGAUCUGAAGUUACAAUCAUACCAAUUCAUUUAUAACGCUAAAUUUGUCAAUAAUCAUCAAGAUGCAGAUGGCCGUCAAAGCUCAAGCAUGGAUACUUCUCUAGCUGAUUACAGAUUGACAUAGCCGAGGUCACUUUAUUUGAGCCCUGGAAGAAGCAAGCCAAAUCCAUUGCAUUCUGUUGUUCUCGACCUGGUUCAGAUUUGGAAGAACGACUAGAUUUAGAGCA